AUGCUUCUGCUGCCCGCUGCCGGCCUUCUCGCCGCUUCCCAUUGUUUCACUCACUCCAAUUCAUUUCCUCAUACGUCCACGUUCUCGUUCCUCCACCCUCCCCAUGCCCCCUCCCCAUGCCGGCUCCCCAUGCCGGCUCCCCAUGCCCCCUCCCCAUGCCCCCUCCCCAUGCCCCCUCCCCAUGCCCCCUCCCCAUGCCCUCUCCCCAUGCCCGCUCCCCCUGCCCCAUCCUCAUCCUGCCCAACACUCCUGCCCCAUGAUUCUCCUCCCUUAUGCCCCGCUGUUUCUCGCAUGGUGGAUGUGUGUCGGUGCUAUGCUGUGCCUGCGUAUGCGAGUCGACUGGAGUCGACUCAAAAGUCACCUCCCCCCGCCCCAUCCUCCUCCUGCCCGACACUCCUGGCCCAUCCUCAUCACACCCUUGGUUCUCCUCUCUUAUGCCCCCCUGUUUCUCCCAUGGUGGAUUUGUGUCGGUGUGCAUCAGAGGCAGAUCUAUCUUUCUUCUGUCCGAACCACCAGCAGCAGCACCAACACGGCUCCCUCUCCUCGGUUCGAAUCCUCGGUCUGCUAACCGACGCCUACCUACUCCCCGCUCUCUACCACGCUCCGCACUUACAGGCUGACCUGGAGCGCCUAUUCCCCGACCGCCUGCCGCUGAUGCACGUGGGGAGCUACCUGCUGCACCCCGCCAACUACCUCUGGGAGGAAAUCACCCGCGCCUUCCGAGCCUACCUCGCCCCGCACCAACACAGGGUUGGGAUUCAGAUCCGUGAGUUUCAGAAGUACAUACCAGCUGACGACGUGCUCGACAGAGUGGUGGAUUGCCUGGUGAAUGUGACUCAAGUGGUGCCCCCGAUUUUGCCACAAGAGGACUGGGAGAAGCUGAUGAAGCAGCAACCCCUCGCUGCUGAGCCGAGUGCUGGGAGAGUGAGACCUGCUUCAGGCGCUGCAGCUCUGUCUACGUUGAGCCAUGACGGAGCACAGCAGCUGAGGGAGAGGAAGCAGGCAGAGAGGGCUAUGAGGGAGAUGUGGCUACUCUCCAUGUGUCAAGUCUACACUGGUACUCACCACCACUGCCCUUACCCAUCCCCUUCGUCCCCUCUUGCCACUCCUGUGCUCCCCUGCCCCUGCUCCCUCUCCUCCCACUCCUCCCUCUCCGCCCUCUCCUCCCUCUCCUGCCUCUCCUCCCUUGCCCCAGUGACACGCUACUCAUAA